AUGGCGACAACACUCCACGGCCCCGGUGGUCCUGCUAAAGGCGAUCUACCCGGCCGACUAUCUUUCGUGAGCGGCACCUCGCAACCCAAGGACCUUGAGGAUGCCAACCAUUACACGACGGUGAAGACACCCGACCCGGCGAAUAUCGAGGGUGGAGCUCUUCGUGAAGGCGAAACCCCCGAUCUCAAGAGCAAGGACAGUCUUGGUCUUCUGGUCCAGUAUGCUGUCGUCGGUCUCAACUAUGGUGUGCUGCCGGCCACGAUUUACCCGUUCCUGCAGAACUUCCUGAACGCGACGGGUACUCAAGUGACUACGGCUCAAACGCUGGUGGUGCUACCGUGGAGUUUCAAGUGCUUCUACGGUAUCCUGUCGGACUGCGUGCCGCUGUGGGGAUUCCGUCGUCGUCCGUGGAUGGUGAUCGGGUGGAUCAUUUGCCUGCUGGCUUUGCUCAUCAUGGCCUGCAUGCCCGAGGGAGACCCGUACUACACGGUGUCGUCCGACCGCGACAUCAAACCGGCCGACUAUACGCCCGAGGUUGAGGAGCGUAUCAACUUCGACGCGAACUCGCAGGCUGGCAAGUACGUCAUGCUCAUGUUCCUCGCUGCCGUGGGCUAUGUACUAUCGGACGUGUGCGCCGACAGUAUCGUGGUGGACUUUGCACAGCGUGAACCGCUCGAAACCCGAGGCAAGACCCAGUCGGCUAUUUACGUUGUUCGUACAGUUUUCGUCAUCGUGGGCCAGCUUCUAACUGGUUUCUGCUUCAACGGAGAGGAAUAUGGCGGAGAAUUCGACUUUUCGAUCACGUUCCCGCAGCUCAUGAUCAUUCUCACUUGUCUAACGGCACCGGUUAUUCCUAUGACCUGGUUCUUCAUCAAGGAGGAGAAGAAGCCUCGUGUAAAUUUCACAAACUACAUGAAGGAGCUCUGGGAGCUGAUCCAGAAGCGCGCUAUGUAUCAAGUUAUCUUCUUCAACUUUUUCCAAGGUAUGUUCUCCGCUAUCUCGUACACUGCCAGCUCCCCUGUGCAGUCGUACAUGGUUGGUGUCACGCCGAUUAACAGCACACUGAGCGAGAUCUUCGGUAACCUGCUGUUCAUGGCUGGUAUCAUGGUGACUUCAAGGUGGGGUCUGCACUGGAGCUGGCGCUGGAUGAUCGUGUUCACGGGUGUAUUUGUGAUGAUUGUGGACGGUGUCACGACUUUCAUCACUGUAUGGGAUGUCUUCCGUAGCCAGUGGUUCUGGCUGGGACUGCCUGUGGCGGUGCAGCUCCCCUACGGUGUGGGUUGGAUGAUCUCUAACUUCGUCAUCGUCGAGCUGUCGGGUAUUGGCAAUGAGGGUGUCGUGUACGGUCUGAUCACGAUGGUUUCCAACCUGUCGUCGCCGUUUGCUACAGCCAUGACGCUGGUGAUCGACCAGCCGUUUGAUUUGACCACGGAGCGUAUCCAGGAGGACGACCAGUCCAUCCGUACGGACAUCACGUACGCCGUGAUCAUCAUGUACGGCAUGACGGCCUUCUCGUGGGUCUUCCUGGUUUUCCUGCCUCGUCAGAAGGAAGAGACGCAGGAACUACUGCGCACGGGCGGCAGCAGUAAGCUGUUGGGAGCGCUCACGGUGGCAUACCUCACGUUCGCGUUUGUGUGGUCGCUAAUGACCAACAUCAUGGCCAUGUUUGACAGCACCUCGUGUCUGAUCAUCGCUGGCGGCAGUGGCUGCUAA